GGUCAGCUUUUCCUAGUCCCGGCCCAUAUUUUCUGUUAUAAAAUUUACUUUUGGCUCUUCAAUUUCUUUUGAGUUAAUAUUUUAGCUAGGAGUAUGUAGGAGAAGCUCAAGUAAAGGAGAUUUUAUGGAUUCCUAUAGAGGAUGGCUCUACAAUAUUCUUUUUACUUUAGGUGUUUGCAAAGUCAAUUUUCAUGGAUUCCUGUGGUUUUUGUUUCUUGUGUCAUAGUGGAGGUAUUGAAUAGGAUACAUGUCCUUGUUUCUUUACGAAAUAUGAAGAACUUGGGUGAUGUAAGAGGUCAUUGUCGCGGAUUCUUUUGAAGAUGAAAAAUAGAAAAUAAAUGCGGGCCUUUUGGUCGAAACUUCCCAAUCUUAUCCCCUAUCAGUUGAUUGCAGAUAGGAGUCACCUUAGAACAUGCUUAUAAAUAGGCCAGUGUGUCGUUGCAUUUUCUUCAUCUCAAACCUAAAGAGUCUUCUCACCAAGUAAUACCAUCACAAUUUUCUCAUUGCUGUUCAGAUAUCAGCAUUUUCAUAUCUAUUAACCUUCUUCAAGAAAGAAUUUCCCUCAAGAAUAAUGGAUAUUGUGAAGGGUUUAGUACAAGAAAGGCCGGUGGUAAUUUUCAGUAAGACCAACUGUCCGGUAAGCCACUCUAUGAUACAGCUCAUUAGUGGCUUCGGUGCUAACCCUACUGUAUACGAACUUGAUCAAUUGCCAAAUGGCCGAGAUAUUAAGAAAGUUCUACAGAUGAUGGGUUGUAAACCGAGUGUACCAUCCAUCUUUAUUGGCGGAAAUUUUGUUGGAGGACCCAAUGACGUGCUCAGCCUUCAGGUGCAAGGCAGACUUGCACAGAUGCUGAUGGAUGCUGGAGCUAUUUGGCUCUGGAACGGAAACUAGUUAACAUUAUUUGGACUUAACAUGUGAAAGUACAAUAACGGAAGAUUUAGAGUAAAUUUUGUAGAGGAGUUGAUAGCAUUUAUGUCAAUAGCUAAGAUGAUGCGUUAUGAAAUGUCUUCUGUAGUGCCUUGUUUUUCUGAGCAUUAUCAGAUUCAGAUAACUUCUAAAUUUGUGUUUCCAUAGAGAGGGAGAAUGUAAUAUCUUAUGUAAGCAACUACUUGUUGUGUACGUUUACUGAAAAUUGAAAUAAUAUUUAUAUUUGGUACUGAAAAUUUUGAGUAAAAUGCAAGUGAAAGAAUUUAUUCUUGUCUCAAUAAUGUACCUCCAAUUCGAUUUUUUUUUGUGUUAAGAAAUGAAGAUAGCGUUAUAUACUUCAUAAAUUGUCUGUUAAUCAACUAGCAAUUGUAAUUGCAAUUAUAUACAAUUGUAAUUGCAAUUAUAUAUGUAAGCAUAUAGUUCUAAUAUAAAUUGUCUGCAUAAAUGAUUAAAGCAACAUAUGUCACAACCCAAGCUUUAAAGAUCAAAAUUUGGGUUCAGCCCAUCAUUCUUCUAUAACAUUAUAGAAUGCUUAUAAACUUAUUUGAACAAUACUGAACAAGAUAUAGCUACUGUUAAGCCUAUUAUUUUAAGCAACUAAUAUGAUUUAUCGUAACAGUCUGGUUUAAUGUGUGUUUCUUAUUUAUAUACUU